AUGCAAUCGAGUAAUAUCAUUUAUACAACAUUGGAUUUCUUCCUUGUUCGAAUUCCAAGUACAUCUCUUGUCACUUCCUACUUCUACUCAAUGAAACCAGAUAGUAUUAUCAGAUAUGUCGUGGCUGCUUUCUAUGGAUAUGAGUAUCUUUCUCAACUAUUCACCGUUAUUUUCUGUUUCAUUAGAGUCUUGGUUCUUUUCAAUCCAAGAAAACGUUUGGAGAUGUAUGAUUUCAUCUUCAUGAUCUGGUUAUUUUUAUCGUUAGUUCUAAGUUUUGUAGCGUCGUUUCCCCAUAUAAAGCAUAAUGCAAUGGGAAUGCAAUUGGAUGUUCCAUUUCAGUAUGGUGCUAUGUUUCUCACAACUACUUUCGCAUACGGAAAUAGUAUUCAAACGAUUGGAAACGGCAUUUUCUCCAUUAUAGUUACAAUUGCUAUAGUUGUGAUGACAUCACUGAUGGUGUCAAAAUUGAAGACAUUGAAGUUGAUGUAA